GCGAGAGCGCGGAAGGCGUGUUGGGGGGGGCGGCCGAGGCGGCGGGCGCGCGCGCGAGGCCUCCCCUCGCUCGGCGGCGGCGGCGGCGGCUUCUUCUUUGUUUGGUGAGGAGAGACGAGACGCCCACUCUGCCCCCGGCCCCGCGCGGAGGGGCGGGGGCGGCGCCGGGAAGGCGACGCCGCCGGCGGCUCCCGGUGACCACUGUGCGCAGCCGCCGAGAGGAUGUCCGCGUCAGAACCCCCGCUGGGUGGGACCCCGCGGCCAGGACCCUCCCCGGGCCCGGGCCCCUCCCCGGGAGCCAUGCUGGGCCCCAGCCCGGGACCCUCGCCUGGCUCUGCCCACAGCAUGAUGGGGCCCAGCCCGGGGCCCCCCUCGGCAGGACACCCCAUCCCGACCCAGGGGCCUGGAGGGUACCCACAGGACAGCAUGCACCAGAUGCACAAGAAUGUUCCAGGCUGGUGGUGGGAGGAAGUGGCCCCCGAUGCGUGUGAGCAUCUGAAACCGCUGGAGUCCCUGCACGACAAGGGCCUGUCGGACGACCCCCGCUACGGCCAGAUGAAGGGCAUGGGCAUGCGAUCGGGGGCCCACGCGGGGAUGGGGCCCCCCCCGAGCCCCAUGGACCAGCACUCGCAAGGCUACCCCUCGCCCCUGGGCGGUUCCGAGCACGCCUCCAGCCCAGUUCCGGCCAGCGGCCCAUCCUCGGGCCCCCAGCUGUCCUCUGGGCCAGGCGGGGCCCCCCUGGAUGCCACCGACCCCCAGGCCUUGGGGCAGCAGAACCGCGGCCCGACCCCCUUCAACCAGAACCAGCUGCACCAGCUGCGGGCGCAGAUCAUGGCCUACAAGAUGCUGGCCCGGGGGCAGCCCCUCCCCGACCACCUGCAGAUGGCCGUGCAGGGCAAGCGGCCGAUGCCAGGCAUGCAGCAGCAGAUGCCCACGCUACCUCUGCCCUCCGUCUCUGCCACUGGCCCCGGCCCCGGCCCCAGCCCAGGCCCGGCAGCUCCUAACUAUAGCAGGCCCCACGGUAUGGGAGGGCCCAACAUGCCGCCCCCGGGACCCUCAGGUGUGCCCCCCGGGAUGCCAGGCCAGCCCCCGGGAGGGCCUCCCAAGCCCUGGCCCGAAGGUAACGUGCUGCCCUCGUGGGACAGGUGUGAUGUGUGCUCGCCAGAUGCACACCCUGAGAAGAGCCCGGUGGAAGGAGAAGGGGCCGGGGCCCAUCCUCCCCAGCGGAGCCGACCCCUGGCCAAUGCCGCCGCCCCCACGAGCACCCCUCAGAAGCUGAUCCCCCCGCAGCCGACGGGCCGCCCUUCCCCGGCGCCCCCCGCCGUCCCGCCCGCCGCCUCCCCCGUGCUGCCGCCCCAGACGCAGUCCCCGGGGCAGCCGGCCCAGCCCGCCCCCACAGUGCCGCUGCACCAGAAGCAGAGCCGCAUCACGCCCAUCCAGAAGCCCCGGGGCCUCGACCCUGUGGAGAUCCUGCAGGAGCGGGAGCACAGGCUGCAGGCUCGCAUCGCACACCGAAUUCAGGAACUUGAAAACCUUCCCGGGUCCCUGGCCGGGGAUUUGCGAACCAAAGCAACCAUCGAGCUCAAGGCCCUCAGGCUGCUGAACUUCCAGAGGCAGCUGCGCCAGGAGGUGGUGGUGUGCAUGCGGCGGGACACGGCCCUGGAGACGGCCCUCAACGCCAAGGCCUACAAGCGCAGCAAGCGGCAGUCCCUGCGCGAGGCCCGCAUCACCGAGAAGCUGGAGAAGCAGCAGAAGAUCGAGCAGGAGCGCAAGCGCCGGCAGAAGCACCAGGAAUACCUCAACAGCAUCCUGCAGCACGCCAAGGACUUCAAAGAAUACCACAGGUCGGUCACGGGCAAGAUCCAGAAGCUCACGAAGGCGGUGGCCACGUACCACGCCAACACAGAGCGCGAACAGAAGAAAGAAAAUGAGCGGAUCGAGAAGGAGCGGAUGCGGAGGCUCAUGGCCGAAGACGAGGAGGGGUACCGCAAGCUCAUCGACCAGAAGAAGGACAAGCGCCUGGCCUACCUCCUGCAGCAGACGGACGAGUACGUGGCAAACCUCACCGAGCUGGUGCGGCAGCACAAGGCCGCCCAGGUCGCCAAGGAGAAGAAGAAGAAGAAGAAAAAGAAGAAGGCAGAGAAUGCGGAAGGACAGACGCCGGCGAUCGGACCGGAUGGCGAGCCCCUGGAUGAGACCAGCCAGAUGAGCGACCUCCCUGUGAAGGUGAUCCACGUGGAGAGCGGGAAGAUCCUCACGGGCACGGACGCUCCCAAGGCCGGGCAGCUGGAGGCCUGGCUCGAGAUGAACCCAGGGUAUGAAGUAGCUCCAAGAUCUGACAGUGAAGAAAGCGGCUCAGAAGAAGAGGAAGAGGAGGAGGAGGAGGAGCAGCCACCCCCAGCCCAGCCCCCCGCCCUGCCCAUGGAGGAGAAGAAGAAGAUUCCAGACCCAGACAGCGACGACGUCUCCGAGGUGGAUGCACGGCACAUCAUUGAGAAUGCCAAGCAAGACGUCGACGAUGAGUACGGCGUGUCCCAAGCCCUCGCCCGCGGCCUGCAGUCCUACUACGCCGUGGCCCACGCCGUCACCGAGCGUGUGGACAAGCAGUCGGCCCUGAUGGUCAACGGUGUCCUCAAGCAGUACCAGAUCAAAGGCCUGGAGUGGCUGGUGUCCCUGUACAACAACAACCUGAACGGCAUCCUGGCCGACGAGAUGGGGCUGGGCAAGACCAUCCAGACCAUCGCGCUCAUCACGUACCUCAUGGAGCACAAGCGCAUCAACGGGCCCUUCCUCAUCAUCGUGCCUCUCUCGACACUGUCCAACUGGGCGUAUGAGUUUGACAAGUGGGCCCCCUCGGUGGUGAAGGUGUCCUACAAGGGCUCUCCAGCAGCAAGACGUGCCUUUGUCCCUCAGCUCCGCAGCGGGAAGUUCAAUGUCUUGUUGACAACGUACGAGUACAUCAUCAAAGACAAGCACAUCCUUGCCAAGAUCCGCUGGAAGUACAUGAUCGUCGACGAGGGCCACCGCAUGAAGAACCACCACUGCAAGCUGACGCAGGUCCUCAACACGCACUACGUGGCCCCGCGCCGUCUGCUGCUGACGGGCACGCCGCUGCAGAACAAGCUCCCGGAGCUCUGGGCGCUGCUCAACUUCCUGCUGCCCACCAUCUUCAAGAGCUGCAGCACCUUCGAGCAGUGGUUCAACGCGCCCUUCGCCAUGACCGGAGAGAAGGUGGACCUGAACGAGGAGGAGACCAUCCUGAUCAUCCGCCGCCUCCACAAAGUGCUGCGGCCCUUCCUGCUCCGGCGGCUCAAGAAGGAGGUCGAGGCCCAGUUGCCUGAAAAGGUGGAGUACGUCAUCAAGUGCGACAUGUCGGCGCUGCAGCGGGUGCUGUACCGGCACAUGCAGGCCAAGGGCGUGCUCCUGACCGACGGCUCCGAGAAGGACAAGAAGGGCAAGGGUGGCACCAAGACCCUGAUGAACACCAUCAUGCAGCUGAGGAAGAUCUGCAACCACCCCUACAUGUUCCAGCACAUCGAGGAGUCCUUCUCUGAGCACUUGGGGUUCACCGGCGGCAUCGUCCAAGGGCUGGACUUGUACCGAGCCUCGGGGAAAUUUGAGCUCCUCGAUAGGAUUCUUCCCAAACUCCGAGCGACCAACCAUAAAGUGCUGCUGUUCUGUCAGAUGACCUCACUCAUGACGAUCAUGGAAGACUAUUUUGCAUAUCGUGGCUUUAAAUACCUCAGGCUUGACGGAACCACGAAAGCGGAGGACCGGGGCAUGCUGCUGAAAACCUUCAACGAGCCCGGCUCUGAGUACUUCAUCUUCCUGCUGAGCACCCGGGCCGGGGGCCUCGGCCUCAACCUGCAGUCGGCCGACACUGUCAUCAUCUUCGACAGUGACUGGAACCCCCACCAGGACCUGCAGGCCCAGGACCGAGCCCACCGCAUCGGGCAGCAGAACGAGGUGCGCGUGCUGCGCCUGUGCACGGUCAACAGCGUGGAGGAGAAGAUCCUGGCCGCCGCCAAGUACAAGCUCAACGUGGACCAGAAGGUCAUCCAGGCCGGCAUGUUCGACCAGAAGUCCUCGAGCCACGAGCGCCGCGCCUUCCUGCAGGCCAUCCUGGAGCACGAGGAGCAGGACGAGAGCAGACACUGCAGCACGGGCAGCGGCAGUGCCAGCUUCGCCCACUCUGCCCCUCCGCCAGCGGGCCUCGCCCCCGACCUGGAGGAGCCACCUCUAAAGGAGGAAGACGAGGUGCCUGACGACGAGACCGUCAACCAGAUGAUCGCCCGGCACGAGGAGGAGUUCGACCUCUUCAUGCGCAUGGACCUGGACCGCAGGCGCGAGGAGGCCCGCAACCCCAAGCGGAAGCCGCGCCUGAUGGAGGAGGACGAGCUCCCCUCGUGGAUCAUCAAGGACGACGCCGAGGUGGAGCGGUUGACCUGCGAGGAGGAGGAGGAGAAGAUGUUCGGCCGCGGCUCCCGCCACCGCAAGGAAGUGGACUACAGCGACUCGCUGACCGAGAAGCAGUGGCUCAAGACCCUGAAGGCUAUCGAGGAGGGCACGCUGGAGGAGAUCGAAGAGGAGGUCCGGCAGAAGAAGUCGUCGCGCAAGCGCAAGCGAGACAGCGACGCCGGCCCCUCCCCGCCGACCACCAGCACCCGCAGCCGCGACAAGGAGGACGAGAGCAAGAAGCAGAAGAAGCGCGGACGGCCGCCCGCCGAGAAGCUCUCGCCCAACCCGCCCAGCCUCACCAAGAAGAUGAGGAAGGUCGUCGACGCCGUCAUCAAGUACAAAGACAGUAGCAGUGGACGCCAGCUCAGCGAGGUCUUCAUCCAGCUGCCGUCCCGCAAGGAGCUGCCCGAGUACUACGAGCUCAUCCGCAAGCCCGUGGACUUCAAGAAGAUAAAGGAGCGUAUCCGCAACCACAAGUACCGCAGCCUGAGUGACCUGGAGAAGGACGUCAUGCUGCUGUGCCAGAACGCCCAGACCUUCAACCUGGAGGGCUCCCUGAUCUACGAGGACUCCAUCGUCCUGCAGUCUGUCUUCACCAGCGUGAGGCAGAAGAUCGAGAAGGAGGACGACAGCGAGGGCGAGGACAGCGAGGAGGAGGAGGAGGGCGAGGAGGAAGGCUCCGAGUCCGAGGCUCGCUCGGUCAAGGUGAAGAUCAAGCUCGGCCGGAAGGAGAAGGCGCAGGACCGGCUGAAGGGGGGCCGGCGGCGGCCGAGCCGUGGGUCCAGGGCCAAGCCGGUGGUGAGCGACGACGACAGCGAGGAGGAGCAGGAGGAGGACCGCUCAGGAAGUGGCAGCGAGGAAGACUGAGACCCCCCAACAUUCCACAGCCUCGACCACGAGCCCACGUCCCAGCGCCGAGACGGCGCCGCCCUUAGCAGUAACGGGUAGAAGCAGACGUAGUUUCCGACUUGGUUGUAAAACUGUAUAAACCGAAAUCUUCCAUAUUUAUCCGGCAGAGAAGAUAGUAGGACUGUUCGUGUCUGGCCCUGUCCCGGCAUCUGUAGCGUUUGUAACAGCAUUAACCAUUUAAAAAGAAAAAGAGAGAGAGAAAAAAAAUUAUGAGUUGGGGAACACACGGUACCAGUUUUUUCUUUUUUCUCUCCCGGCUGCCCUGUGGCUGCCACAGUUUGGAAUCACUGUAGUUCUAAGCCGUGGAUGCAUGUUUGUAACCGUCCACCACUCGUACUGUAUUUUCUCGGACAGGUCAGAUGCGCCGGGGCCCGGGGAGUGCACAGGCCCAGCGGGGGUAUGUCAGUGUCACUGGAUGUCCAAACCGUAAUAAAUUAAACCGACAACAGAACUCACA